AUGCCUGGAUCCCAGUCUGAGAUGGGAAGGCCAUUAUCUGGAUCAGGCCUUCCAGCCUUUGGUCAACAAAUUCCAGUCAAUGGCCAGAGAGUGAACCCACCUCCUCCACCACAAGUAAGGAGCGUUACACCUCCACCACAACCUCCACCUAGAGGAACUACUCCAUCACCACAGUCUUGGGAGCCCAACUCACAAACGAAGCGUUACUCUGGUAAUAUGGAAUUUCUUGUUUCCCGUAUUUCCCCAAUCCCACCUGGAGGCUGGCAAGAUGGAUAUCCAUCUUCUAAUAUUAACUCUGCACAGAUGAUGAACCCGCAGCCUCAGCCACAGAGACCUAUGAAUGCUGUUCCUGUUGGAAGACAACCCAUUAUUAUGCAAACAUCUGGCAACAACAAGUUUUUUUCUGGGAGAGCUGGCAUUCAGAACGGUAAUGGACAAACUGAAUAUAUAACACACCAGGUUGGUAACGGUGUUGGGCGACCACAACCUCCACCUUAUCCUAUGUCAAAUGGUCCAAGUAAUACUGCACUGCAGAUGCAAGGUGGUAAUGUACCAAUGUCCCCUUCUGCUUAUAAUAAUGGUAAUUUGCCACAGUCCGUACUCGUACCAAAUAGAAAUAGCCACAACAUGGAGCUGUAUAACAUGAGUAUUCCAAGUCAUCCAACUUCUUGGUCUCAGUCCACCUCCACCCAGUCACCUCCCGGGAAUCAUGACAUGCCAUCAUGGCAAAAUAAUAUUCCUGUUAGGUCCAACUCUUUCAAUAACCCAAUGGCAGUUCGCCAAGUGCAUCCUACUAAUUCGCAAGCUUCUGCUACAACUGUGACUGCAAUAACUCCUGCCCCUAUACAGCAACCUGUAAAGAGCAUGAGGGUUUUAAAGCCAGAACUUCAGACUGCACUGGCACCCGCACACCCAUCAUGGGUUAGCCAGAAUGUACAAGGAGGGAUUUACUCAGAGGGAGUGCCUCACAGCAGUCCUUUGUUGCCUACACAAACAGAAGCACCAAAUUACCAAGGACCACCACCACCAUACCCAAAGCACUUGCUACAGCAAAAUUCUCCCAGUUAUGAAACUGGACAAAAAUCUAACAAAGAUGAUCUGUCUCCUGGAACUUCUAAUUCUCAAGAAGAAGGAGAUAAGGCAUCUGAAUCAACUGUGGAAACCACUGAGAAAGAGAAGAAACAAAUAACUACAUCCCCUGUGCCAGUUAGGAAGAACAAGAGAGACGAAGAAAGAAGGGAGUCUCGCAUCCAGAUCUACUCACCACAGGCUUUUAAGUUCUUCAUGGAGCAGCAUGUCGAAAAUAUUUUAAAAUCUCACCAUCAAAGACUGCACCGCAAGAAACAGCUGGAAAGCGAGAUGAUGCGCGUGGGGCUGUCAACAGAUGCUCAAGACCAAAUGAGAAAGAUGCUAUGUCAGAAGGAAUCUAACUACAUCCGACUUAAGAGAGCCAAAAUGGAUAAAUCCAUGUUUGUAAAGAUCAAGACUCUUGGUAUUGGUGCCUUCGGAGAAGUGUGUCUAGCCAAAAAAAUUGAUACCAAUGCUUUGUAUGCAAUGAAAACCUUAAGGAAAAAAGAUGUCCUAUUGCGCAACCAGGUAGCCCAUGUCAAGGCUGAAAGAGACAUCUUGGCGGAGGCAGACAAUGAGUGGGUAGUACGACUGUACUAUUCUUUCCAAGACAGAGACAACUUGUACUUUGUUAUGGAUUACAUUCCAGGUGGAGACAUGAUGAGCCUUCUGAUUCGUAAGGAAGUAUUUCCUGAUGAUUUGGCCCGAUUCUACAUAGCAGAGCUCACAUGCGCAGUUGAGAGCGUUCAUAAGAUGGGCUUUAUUCAUCGUGACAUUAAGCCUGACAACAUCCUUAUUGAUAGAGAUGGCCACAUAAAACUCACUGAUUUUGGUUUGUGUACUGGUUUUCGGUGGACCCAUGAUUCAAAAUAUUAUCAAAGUGGUGACCACCUACGACAAGACAGCAUGGAUUUUAGCAAUGAAUGGGGAGAUCCAACAAAUUGCCAUUGUGGUGACAGGCCGAAACCUCUUGAGUGGCGUGCAGCAAGACAGCAUCAGCGGUGCUUAGCUCAUUCUCUUGUUGGGACCCCGAAUUACAUUGCACCAGAGGUUCUAUUGCGUACAGGAUAUACACAGCUUUGUGAUUGGUGGAGCGUGGGAGUUAUACUUUAUGAAAUGCUUGUUGGCAAAGCUCCUUUUCAUGCAAGCUCACCACUGGAAACGCAAAUGAAAGUAAUCAAGUGGCAGACAACAUUACACAUUCCCCCUCAAGCUAAUCUGUCUCCAGAAGCUUCUGAUCUAAUUGUCAAACUGUGCCGAGGCCCUGAAGAUCGCUUGGGUAAGAAUGGGGUUGAGGAGAUUAAAGCUCAUCCAUUUUUCAAGACAAUAAACUUUUCUAGUGACUUGCGUCAGCAGCCUGCUUUGUAUAUUCCCACCAUAACACACUCUACGGACACUUCCAACUUUGACCCAGUAGAUCCAGACAAACUCUGGAAUGAUGAAGACAAAGAUGGAAAUAAAAAUGAUACUCUAAAUGGGUGGUACAAAAAUGGCAAACACCCUGAACAUGCAUUCUAUGAGUUCACUUUCAGGAGGUUUUUUGAUGAUAACGGACACCCAUACAACUACCCCAAGCCUUUUGAAAACGAUUAUGAUGACACAAAGGACGAUGGCUACAAGCAGACUGAUACUGAAGAAAGUAAUAAUAUUGGGAAGAGGCCACCAAACAGGGAUUUAGUUUAUGUAUAG